UUCAUUUUCGACAUUUGUGAUGAGCUGGAGGGGGUCGAAAGAUGACUUAGGCAUCUCGUCUUUUAUCUGUUGUCCAAUCUCGCUGAAGAAGAGGUUAAAUGAUUCUGCGAUAUCCGGAUCGUCCGUGAUAAUUUUAUUAUUAGUACCAAUAAUCCUGGUUGGAUCUCCAUCCUUUUUUUGUUUUGAUUUGAUGAGAGUGUGUAAUGUUUUGCAUGUUUCCUGGGAGUUCCCAGAAUGUUUACGGAAUUCAUUACUGUAGUAUUUCUUUUUGGCUAGCCUAAGAGAUGUAGUUAGAAUGUUGCGGUAGCAAGUGUAUGUUGCAAUAUUUUGGGGACUGGGGUUCUUCAAUUUCUGUUCAAAUAGCUUGCUUCUACGCGUAAUUGAUAGAAGAAGUGCGGGUGACACCCAUGGUUUGCGUGAGCUGGUCUUUCUAGAAAUGUGCCUUGUGUGAGAAAACCUGGUGAUCCCAGCAUUGCAAAUAUACACAAUUUGAUUUGCAAUAGCAUCAGGUUCUGGCUCAUUUUCAAUAUCAACAAGAUGGUCAACAAGGAGUUGUUUAAAUUCUUCCAGCCUUCUGUAAUCAAAUGUGGUAAUGGGUGUUUGAACAUCAGGGGAGUGUGGGUGUGAGGCAUAGUUCAUGGAAGCAAAACUAGGGAAAUGAUCAGACAAAUCAUGAAGGAGAAUGCCUGUAUGCAUCACUUUUAAUAAGUCAUUGCAAAAUAUGUUAUCUAGAAGAGUGCAUGAUGGAUAGCAAGAUCGAGUUGUCCUGGAUAUUGUAGGAAAGAAGCCAUUUGAACACAUGUUAGUGAAAAAUGCAUGCACAUUAGAAUUGAUAUCAAGUGAGAACAGAUCAAAGCUGAAAUCACCAGUAAUAAAUGUAACUUUGUUCAUUUUAUUAAGCCAAAUUAGGCAUUGCUCUAGCUCUGAGUUGAAGUGGUGUUUGUCAGUAAAUGAUAUGAUUAUAUUUGGCAAAUUAUAUGAUACUAUAAAUUUGGCAAAUGAUAAUAUUAGCAUUAUCACAGAAUAGUUCAGCACAAACCACUUCAGCUGUAGAGAAAACUGGGUUCCAAAGUUGUAUAGGAUGAAGAUGAUCAGCAAUGUAUACUGCUGAUCCACCACCUACCCCAUUUGAUCUGCCGCAGUAGAAAGCUCGGUAUCCAGGUAAAUAGAAUGUGCAUGCUUCCCUUAGUUUUUCAUAUUCAUCAUAUGAUAGUGAAUGAUAACUACCAUCAAUGUUUGAAGCAAAUGGAUUAAACACCUUAUUAUUUGAGGUUGAACCCAUACAGUAAGGUGUUGAUGGAAAGGAAGGUAAAGAAAUGUGGAUGAACAAGAAUGAAGGUCAUGGAGGGAGUUCAGAAAAGGGAGAUUAUUUUAAUCAGUUUAAGAUGUUUUUGGAUGUGAUGAUCAAGACUUUGAAAUGAGAAAGUGUGUGUUGAAUGAUAGAUGCCAAAAACAGAUUGUGUUGAUGGGACUUUUCUGCUAUUCACUGCUUUAGCAUGCAGGCAUGACAUGAGAACACAGGCAAUGAGCUUGAUAAGUACCUAGAAUAAACAAACAUUAUUAUGAGCAACAUAAGCCAUCAAGCCAGGCACCACUGGCAAAUUCCUCUUUACUAGAAAUAAGGCAUUAUAAUACAGUGAGUUGUAUGUACACCACAGCCAUGGUGUCAUACACCAGUUUUAAAGAAAAUCAUGAAUGUAUGGGUAGUUAACUGAGGAAUGUGCCAGCGGUAGCCUAGCCAGGUGACGUCACUAACCAAUGGACUCACUACUUUUUAGAACUUGAGAGCCUGGUCUCAGGCCCGGCCCGCCUGCCUUCAACUGUUACAAACUCUUCAAGAUUAGCAGCUCUGUUUAGCACAUGACCAGCAGGAAUGCGGUUCAGGGUCUGAGAGUAUAUGAAUCGAUUCUGGCCUGCUACACUUCUGUUCGCCGAAGAGGACAGUGUGGAAGCGUGAAACGCCGGCUGAAAAGUAAAAGCAGACUUCCAAGCCUGAAAUGAUGACGUCAUCCAAGUUGGCAAUUUACUAGCGGACAAGUCGGAGAAAAAUGCAGAAAGUUUGGAAAGCCACCAAUUUCCCCAGCCAGGCACUGCAUGGGUUCUGUUGAUGGUAGCUGCAUCAGCUGGGGCCUGUGUCCCAAAUGGUCUGGAUUUGAGGCUGUUGAAGGCAUUUACGACUGAUUUGAGCAAGAACCAGGCUAUUGCCCCGUUCGCCAUGUCCACACUGAUGACACAGGUCUGGCUCGGAGCCAGAGGCGACACCAGACAUGAGGUGGCCACGGUCCUAGACAUAAAGACGAGUGCCGGCAGCAGCUUUUUGACAUGCUACAAAAGCGCACUCAGUGACUUCACCUGCGGUUCUGGUAACAUCACCAACCUCGUGUUUAAUCGGAUGUACAUCAAACGACGGUUCAAAAUCAAUUCGGGAUUUAAGGAUCUGUUGCACGAGUACUUCCAUGCUGUCGUGAACAAGUUUUCACUCACGGGGCAGGCGGCCUACGAAAUAAACACCGGCGUAGCCAAGGCAACGGGAAACCGCAUCCAGAACCUUGUCUCACAGAGUGCUUUGCGCUUCAAGUUGGUCCUGCUCAGUGCAGUUUACUUCAAGGGCCUGUGGCUAACCCCAUUUGAUAUGACCGUGAAGGGACCGUUUCUCACGGCCUCAGGAAACAAGCAGGUCGACAUGAUGAAGCUUUUUACCCGGGUGCCGUAUGUAAAGAUGUCUGAUUUUGAUGCGAUCUCCUUGCCGUACACGGACGAAAACUAUGUUAUGCUGAUCUUGCGUCCACUGACACGAAAUAUGGCUGCCGUUUCACGUCUGAAGUACUCCCUGGACAUUCUUGACGUCGCCGUUAUCAUGCAGCGUUUGCGUUCGUCGUCUGUUCAGAUAACCAUGCCUCGUUUCAAGAUAAGAGCAGGUGGCUUUCUAAACAGAACCAUGCUGCAGUUGGGAAUUCGCAAAGUCUUUACGCGAGAGGCAGACCUGAGUAACAUUACGGAUAAGUUCCUUGCUGUCGGCCUCAUUAUCCACAAGGUGUUUAUUGAGGUGACAGAGGAAGGUACCGAAGCUGCAGGAGCGGGUGCCGUCACUGACGUGCUGCCUCGACCCGUUCAGUUUAUGGCAGAUCGUCCCUUCUUUGCCAUUGUCUGGAACAGAAAACACAAGAUCAACUUGUUCUCUGCGUACGUGGCUUCACCAUAGACGCAUGGCUAUGAUGAUGCACACUUUUCUGAGACGAGGCAUAGUACUUACAUUUGUAUUGCGUGGAUCGCAUUAAACAUGCAAACCCGACGUCACACAUUCCGGAAUAAACGGGUGGAAAGCUGGGACCCUUCUCUGACAAAGUUUUUGUAUCAUUUAUGUUUAACCUUACCGAUGCUUUUCUGGCAAAUCUAGGGAAGUGUUUGCUACUCGCAAACAAUGUUCUAACCCACCGUUUGAGUUGAACACUUCUGUCCUCUGCACCACUGUUGAAAGGAAUGUUACUAUCUUUGUCUUUUGAUUUCUUGGGUUUUCAUUGGAGUGUAUGGGGGACUGUAGUGUGUGUGGCUAUCUGCACUAACGUGGGUGAUCUGGUGCCUUAGA